AUGGCAACACUUGAAGGCGCGCAGUGCAAAGACUGUGAAGGACUUUGGCAAGAAGCUUUGCACCGUAGUCGUGACAUAUUGGGGGUUGAAGACUUUGAGUUUGUGCAGAACUUCACCAGCGUUGAGCGACUGCUCGCGGAAGUGCAGACACUGGAGCACAAAUAUGCCAACAGCUUCGUCCCGCGAAUGCUUCGCGGUCUCAAACCUCAUUUCUACCGCAUGCAAUACCUUAUCACCUUUCUGAUGCUCAGCAUCAACUCGAACUCAAUCAGCUACGCGUGCGUGUGGGGCGCAACAUUCUUAUUGUUAGAUUUAGCCACCAAAACCAGAUCCGAGGAUGCACUGCAAGAAAUAUCCCAUUUUCUGCGCCAGGUUGGCGAGAACUUGCACCUGUUCGAGAUAUAUCGCGAGAAGGUGACAACAGAUCCCGAGAUCGUUGCUGAAUUCUUUGAUAUAUUGGUGCAACUGCUCUUGGAUUGUGCCACGGCCAUUAAGCAUUUUCGUAAGAACGAUGCUCCGUUGAAACACGUUGCAUGGCCUAGGGUACGUCAAAAGUUCACCACCACGCUCGAAGAACUCGCAUCAAAACUCGAACAUGUGAGAAAGCUAGUCGAGGCGAGAAACCUCAUCCAAGUGAAUCAGAAUCUGGACAAGCUUGCCAUGGGCGACAGUGGACCACACCAGGGACCGCAGCUGCCGUAUUAUCAACUACCAUUUGCAAGAAACCACAACUUCUUCGGGAGAUCAAAGAUCCUUGAGCAAAUUAAGGAGAAAUUACGACCAGUCCCACCAACGCGCGGCAUGAAUUCUAUUGCAAUUUGGGGUACGGGCGGUAUUGGGAAAUCGCAGGUCGCGCUUGAAUACGCGCACGUCCAAACUGCGGAGCAGGAGGUGCAACUUGUACUCUGGCUCCCCGCCGAAACUGUGAGCGAACUGUCCAAUGCCAUUGUCGAGGCAGUCACUCAGAUAAAGCCGCCGGGUUUUACUGAGGGCGACUCGCCGGACAAAAUGCGUUUGGUCUUUUGGAACUGGCUUCAGAUCACAGAUGUGUCUUGGCUGAUCGUUUUUGACAACGUGGAAUCGAAUGAGCUGUUGAAUCAACAUUGGCCAAAAUCUGGCAGUGGUCAAGUUCUCGUGACCUGCCGCAGCGAGCUGAUAGCAGCAUCUCCCGCAGCUCAUCAGCUAGAGGUACAGCCAUUCGACGAUCAUGAAGCCGGUGAAUUGCUUCUUCGCCUCGCAGGACGAUCUACAGUUGAUGCCGCCGAGCGAAACAGCGCGGAGCAGAUCGCGGGCCUGCUCGGUGGUCUUCCUCUCGGCAUCGACAUUAUUGCACGGCAAAUUCUGGUGAAGAAGAAGUCUAUGCAAGAAUUCUUACCAUAUUUCAAAAAUAACAAGCCAUCCCUCAGAGUUCCGCCACGAUAUGCACCUGGGAACCCAUACUACACAAAAAACUUGGUUACUGUCUGGCAGACGGCCUUUGAAAGUCUUUCUGACGAAGCAAAUAAACUUCUGAGUAUCAUCACGUUCAUUGCUCCAGAUGGUAUUCCUCGCUUCCUUCUGAAUCCAAGCGGGAAGGUCAAGAAUACCUGGUCCUUCCUGUCUACAAAUUACGAUGAUGCCGAAGAGGAAUUGUACUAUAAAUCGCUGAUUCGGAUCAAUACGGAUUCUGGAACGCUCUCUAUCCAUCGACUCACGCAAGAGGCGUUCAACUACUUUCUUUCACGAGAACAAAAGCAAGAAGCGCUCCUUGUAGCGCUUCAGCUACUCUCACACUCAUUUCCAAAGCGUCUACACGGUCGUCAUCUGUAUCACAGCUGGAAUAUAUGCAGCCAGCUGGUUCAUCAUGUCGACGCUCUCCAGGAACAGUACGAAGAGCUGAAGGUUGAGGGAUUUGACACCCAGGAGCCAAACUUCGCUAUCCUGGCUGCGGACGCGAGUUGGUAUUGUGCAGAGUCUUCGACCAUUCAGAUGGGCGAACGCAUUGCCAAACGUGCGAUGAACAAUUGUAAAGACAGAACUGCGCUCCAAUAUGCCUACCUGUGCGAGAGCAGUGCCCAUAUGACUCAUCGACGGGGCCGAUACCCAGCUUCGCUAGAGUACUCCCAAACGGCGCUAGCCAUCCGAGAAGCAGCUGAUCAAACGACGGCGAAAGUUCUCGCCGACUCCUACAGCUCUGUCGCUCUGGCUCUGUUUGGGAUGUACCAAGGGGACGCUGCUAUCCAGAAAGUCAAUCGGGCGAUCGAGAUCGCAAGGGGUGUCUCGGACGAGGAGCGAAAGACAUGGAACUAUGACAGAUAUCUCCGUAAUCGAGCGCGACCUCAAGUAGCGCUUGGCUUGUUCGAUCUCGCCAAGGCUGAUCUCGACGAGGCCGAAGCCUUUCAAACCAGUGUGUAUGGCGCAAGGAGUCAUUUCCACGGAGAAACUGCGUAUAUUCGUGGGAGAAUAGCUGAGGCUGUAGGUGAGCUUGAUAGUGCAUUGUUUUACUUUCGUCUUGCGGAGGAACUUCAAUCACCAGGCAAACCAACCCACCAGAGCAUCACGGCAGCGAGGUAUCAUCAAGCGUGCGUACUUAUACGACAGGAUGGUGAUAAGCAGGCGCUUGAGUGCCUGCAACUGGCACUGAAAAUCGCUGAAUUCAAUGAGCCGAAGAUGGGCGAUGCGGGCGACUCUGCCCGAGUAAAGCUUCGGAUCGCUGAGAUAUUGCAGCGUCAAGGUUCAAUUACUGAGUCCGCGACAUUCAGGGCAGCUGCGGAAACUACAAAAUUGGAGCUGGAGCAGACAGGGGCUUAUGCAAAAGCCCCCGAUGACAGUCAGUCAUGGGAUACCUUUUGCGACCUUCUCAAUCGAUGA